AUGUCGGGCCCGUCAUUGGUAGUCGGGCGUGCGGUCGUUUCUUCACCUCUUGCACAGUCUGCGCCCACAGUCCAAGUUCGUAAUGGAAGCUAUUACGGCCUGCACAACCAAGAGUAUGACCAAGACUUCUUCCUCGGCAUGCCUUACGCCCAGCCACCCGUCAACGACCUUCGCUUCAGGGUACCCCAGUCCCUCAACACCACAUGGGAGGGCUCGCGCAACGCAACCGAGUACUCUCGCCAGUGCAUAGGCUACGGGAGUGACAACUGGGUUCUCGGAAACUACAUUUCGGAGGAUUGCCUCACCAUCAAUGUCAUCCGCCCAGCCGGUACGGCCGCUGGAGACAAUCUUCCUGUGGCGUUUUGGAUCCACGGAGGUGGCUUGGUGAUGGGCGGUGGCUCCGAUCCUCGAUAUAACCUAUCUUUCAUUGUGGACCAGUCAGUCAAGAUGGAGGAGCCUAUCGUCGCGGUCAGCAUCAAUUACCGUCUCCAUGCCUGGGGUUUCCUAUACGGAUCUGAAAUCGCGGAAGAGGGUGGCUCCAAUAUCGGAUUUCGCGACCAGCGCCUCGCACUGCACUGGGUGCAGGAGAACAUUGCCGCUUUCGGCGGCGAUCCAUCGAAAGUCACCAUUUGGGGCGAAAGCGCUGGGGGAUUCAGCGUGGGCUCCCAGCUUAUUGCAUACGGUGGACGUGAUGACGGACUUAUCAAGGGCGCCGUCUUGGAGAGCGGUUGGCCAGUGUUCCCGUCGCAGAGAGGAGGCGCAACCGUCGAGCAACGGGAGCCCUACUACCAGGCUGUCGUGAACCAAACGGGCUGUUCUGAUGCUUCCGACACGUUGUCUUGCUUACGAGAGGUGCCGACUGCCGACCUCAGUGCCGUUUUCAACAGCUCUCUCCCCGGCCCUGCCCCGGCCUGGGGCAACGUGGCCGACGGAGACUUCUUUGAGCAGGCCCCAACCAAGCUGAUCCAGGAGGGGAAAUUCGUCCCUGUGCCUGUGCUCACGGGCCAGAACCAUGACGAAGGCACAGCUUUUGGCCGCCAAGGCAUCAACACUACGGACCAAUUCCUUGCCAUGCUCACCAGCACGGGAAUCAGCGCCGACACGGCAGCCGAUAUUGCGGAGCUAUAUCCCGACAUCCCGGAACUUGGCGUUCCGAACUCCCUUGUUGGACGCCCCGAGGGAGACUUGGCACUGCUUGGGGCUCAGUGGAAGCGAGUGGCAGCGUACACCGGGGAUUCCGCUAUGCACGCCCCGCGUCGUCUGGGGGUACAGAAGUUUGCGGAAAAGGGUGUUCCUGUAUGGUCUUAUAACUUUGAGGUCUACGUGAACGGAAUCCCUCCCGCCGUGGGCGCGACACAUUUCCAAGAAGUUGUGUUCGUGUUCUACAACCUUCAGGCAGAUGGUUACACAAACGCAGUGUCCGUGAACCCUUUCACGGGCAAGGGCGAGGCAUUUCCCAAACUCGCUAACUUGAUGUCGAGGAUGUGGGUGAGCUUCUUCAACCACCAAGACCCCAACUACAACAAGGUGACGUGUCUGAAAUGGCCCAAGUACAGUCUUGAAAAUCCUCAGAACCUAAUGUUCGACGUGAACGCCACUCAACUCGCUUACGUGGAGCCCGAUACUUAUCGCCAGGAGGGGAUAUCUUAUCUUCUUGAGAAUAUAUUUUAG